GGACGCCGCCGGGCCGUGGGUCGGGCCCAGUGUCAGCAGCCUAGCAGGCGCUCGUGGGGGACAUGGCGGGCUGUGUCGCCCGGCGGGCCCUGGCCGUGGGCAGCCGCUGGUGGUCCCGGUCGCUGACCGGGGCCCGGGGGCCAAGGCAGCUCUGUGCGGCGGGUGGAGCUGGGCCCUUCCUCUCUGCGGUGACCACGACGCGGAGGCACCUCUCGUCCCGAAACCGACCAGAGGGCAAAGUGUUGGAGACAGUUGGUGUGUUUGAGGUGCCAAAACAGAAUGGAAAAUAUGAGACUGGGCAGCUUUUCCUUCAUAGUGUUUUUGGCUACCGAGGUGUCGUCCUAUUUCCCUGGCAGGCCAGACUGUAUGACCGGGAUGUGGCCUCUGCAGCUCCAGAAAAAGCAGAGAAUCCUGCUGGCCACGGCUCCAAGGAGGUGAAAGGCAAAACGCACACUUACUAUCAGGUGCUGAUUGAUGCCCGAGACUGUCCACAUAUAUCUCAGAGAUCUCAGACAGAAGCUGUGACUUUCUUGGCUAACCACGAUGACAGCCGGGCCCUGUACGCCAUACCAGGCCUGGACUACGUCAGCCAUGAAGACAUCCUCCCCUACACCUCCACUGACCAGGUUCCCAUCCAGCACGAGCUCUUUGAAAGAUUUCUUCUCUAUGACCAGACAAAAGCGCCCCCUUUUGUGGCUCGGGAGACACUGCGGGCCUGGCAAGAGAAGAAUCACCCCUGGCUGGAGCUCUCCGAUGUCCACCGGGAAACAACCGAGAACAUCCGCGUCACUGUCAUCCCCUUCUACAUGGGCAUGAGGGAAGCCCAGAAUUCCCACGUCUACUGGUGGCGCUACUGUAUCCGCUUGGAGAACCUUGACAGUGACGUGGUACAGCUCCGGGAGCGACACUGGAGGAUAUUCAGUCUGUCUGGCACCUUGGAGACAGUGCGAGGCCGAGGGGUGGUGGGCAGGGAGCCAGUGUUGUCCAAGGAGCAGCCUGCGUUCCAGUACAGCAGCCAUGUCUCCCUGCAAGCUUCCAGUGGGCACAUGUGGGGUACGUUCCGCUUCGAGAGGCCUGAUGGCUCCCACUUUGAUGUCCGGAUCCCUCCCUUCUCCCUGGAAAGCAAUAAAGAUGAGAAGACGCCACCCUCAGGCCUUCAUUGGUAGGCCAGCCGAGACCCUGAAUGGCCAGGCUCAGUCCCUGAAGAACAGCUCUCGUCCCAUAAUUGCAGAACUCUCCAUCCUGGGACGCAGUGGGUCUCUUAAUCGUUUGCGCCAUUUGAAUAUGAGGUUCUUUUUUUGGUGGGUGGGCUAUAACUGUUUUCUCCAGAAGAUCCAUCUAGGACUCCUCCAAGGCUGGCUUACCCUGUAAGCCCUGCCCACACUGCGUUCCAGUAGACCUUUCCACCAGGAACUCUGUGGUCAGCUGCCAGAGGUGUGGAGUUAUUUCCUGGCCUGUUUGGAAUGUGAGAUUUGGGCAAUAAAGCAGUGCGCACUUGGC